CGGUGACGCUGCGGCGCCGGUCUCUGGGGUGUUUCCUGGAUCGCAGAAGACUUGAGGAUUAGGAAGAACACACCCAGUGACAUCAGUGAGGUUCUCAAAGAAGAAAAGUUUGCUGCAGAGGAGGAACGAGAGGGCCGAGUGGUCCGUCGAGUUGAACUAUUUGGAGAUUUCAAGCGGCUUUUUCAGCUCCGGAGACGGUGUCGAGAGAGUCGAGUUUCGCGUGUAACCAGAGUUUCUCAGGAGAGAGGGGGAUGUCAACUUCAGACGACACAGACGGACUCCGGCCCAGAUAUGGCUCUGUCCUGGAUGGCGUGGAGCGGCUCACAGCCGAGGAGAUGGAUGAGCGGAGGCAGCAGAACAUGGCCUAUGAGUAUUUGUGUCACCUGGAGGAGGCCAAAAGGUGGAUGGAGGCAUGUUUGGAUGAGGAGCUUCCCCCCACAACAGAACUUGAGGAGGGUCUGCGAAAUGGUGUUUAUCUUGCCAAGCUCGGCAAUUUCUUUGCCCCUCACACAGUCUCCCUCAAGAAGAUAUAUGACAGGGAGCAGACACGCUACAAGGCAACAGGUCUCCAUUUCAGACACACGGAUAAUGUGAUCCAGUGGCUCAACGCGAUGUCAGAGAAAGGAUUGCCAAAGAUAUUCUACCCUGAAACCACAGACAUCUACGACAGAAAGAACAUGCCACGCUGCAUCUACUGUAUACAUGCACUCAGUCUGUAUCUGUUCAAGCUGGGCCUGGCCCCUCAGAUCCAAGACUUGUAUGGAAAAGUGGAUUUUACCGAGGAAGAGAUCAACAACAUGAAGAGUGAGCUGGAGAAGUAUGGGAUCCAGAUGCCCGCCUUCAGCAAGAUUGGUGGAAUUCUGGCCAAUGAGCUGUCAGUGGACGAGGCUGCAUUACACGCAGCUGUGAUUGCCAUUAAUGAAGCCAUAGACCAGGGUGUGCCUGAAGGCACUCUGGCUGCCAUGCAGAACCCCAAUGCCAUGUUGGUCAACCUUGACCAAAGUAGCGCACACCAGUACCACAACAUGCUGUACCAGGCCAAAGGAGAGAAAGUGGCCAACUCACGGAAGAGGCAACUGGAGAACGCAGAUGCAGAGAGAGACAUAUAUGAUGAGCUGCUCACACAAGCUGAGAUCCAGGGGAAUGUCAACAAGGUCAACGUGAUCACCGCCUUGAAUGCGGCCGAACAGGCUCUACUGAGCGGCAACGAGGAUAUGUUAUAUGAGGCACUAAAGGCCAUGGGGAUCCAGAACCUGCAACCCCAAAAUAAGGGCUGGUACCUCAAGCAACUACAGGCUGCCAGAGAAACCAAGGAGCAAGGAUCCCCUGGUGAAGCCUUGACCAAGGACGAGCUCCAGAGUGGUGUGGAUAUUGCCAAUGAGAUAGCUGAAGGAUACCUUAAAAUGUUGAAGGCUGUGGAGCGAAUCAAUGAUGCCAUCAGAGCUGGUGUUCCAGAGAAAACUGUCGAGGAGUUGAUGAAUCCAGAUGCUCAGCUGCCCCAGGUUUACCCCCAAGCUGCUGACUUGUAUCAGAGAGAGCUGGCCAGUCUGCAGCAGCAGAGCCCAGAGGGCUCGCUGUCCCACCCGGAGCUGCUUGUUGCUGUCGAAAUGCUGUCAUCAGUUGUGUUGAUGAACGAGGCCAUGGAUGUGGGAGACCGAGCUGCCCUCUGGAAACAGCUGUCCAGCUCUGUCACCGGCCUGAGUAAUGUGGAGAGUGAAUAUGCACAGAGGUACAUGGAUGAACUGAUGCGACUGAAGGCAGCAGCUAAAGAAGAGGGCUGUGAUUAUUUAACCUGGAAUGACAUCCAAGCCUGCAUCGAUCACGUCAACUUGACCGUGCAGGAGGAACAUGAACGCAUCGCUGCAAUUGGGAUGAUAAACGAGGCAUUGGACGAAGGGGAUCCCAUGAAGACCCUGGAAAUGUUGCAGAACCCCUCUGCCAAGCUCACUGACGUGGACCCAUCAGUGGCUCAGCACUACCACGACAAACUGCUGGAAGCUCGCAGAGAAAAGGCUCAUGAGACACAAGAUCCGUCUGCCGUGCUUUGGUUGGAUGAGAUCCAAGAUGCAAUUCUGAAGGCCAACUUGGACACACAGGAAGCCCUGCAAUUCUCACAGUCCAUCCAAGCGAUCAAUGAGGCAGUGGACGUUGGAGAUGCAUCUCAGACUGUUGCAGCUCUGAAGAACCCCAGUGCUGGACUGUAUGGCGUCACCACUGAAUGUGCCCAGACCUAUCAGGAUGACCUGUCCAAGAUCAAGAAGGACAAGCUGAAUGAUGGUGACAACGGCAGUGAGUGGGUGAAGCACUGGGUAAAGGGAGGACACAAUUAUUACUACAACCUGAAGACCCAGGAGGGCACUUGGGUGGAGCCAGAGGCUUUCAUACCUAACAAUACUCAGCUUCAUAAAGAUGACAUCCAGUCUGUGGUUUCUGGAGUAACCACGGCUUACAAUCGGGAGCAGCUCUGGCUGGCGAAUGAGGCUCUAAUAACUAAACUGCAAGCACGUUGCCGUGGCUACCUGGUGAGGAAAGGCGUAAGGGAGCGAAUGGACUUUCUCAAAUCCCAGGAACCUGCUGUUACCCGCAUACAGGCCCACUGGAAAGGCCACAAACAGAGAAAAAAUUUUAAAGAUCGUCAGCAGUAUCUCAAGGACCACACUGAUGAAGCUGUCAAGAUCCAGUCCAUGGUUCGGAUGCAUCAAGCUCGUAAAAAAUACAAGGAUCGCCUGAAGUACUUCCAGGAUCAUAUCAAAGAUGUGGUGAAGAUUCAGGCAUUCAUCCGAGCCAAUAAGGCUAGAGAUGAUUAUAAAACUCUGAUCAGUGCUGAAAAUCCUCCCAUGGCUGUCGUGCGGAAGUUUGUCCACUUGCUGGACCACAGUGACCAGGACUUUCAAGAAGAGCUGGACUUGAUGCGUCUCCGCGAGGAAGUGAUCACCAACAUCCGGUCUAAUCAGCAGCUGGAGAAUGACCUGAACCUGAUGGACAUAAAGAUCGGCCUUCUUGUCAAGAACAAGAUCACUUUGCAGGAGGUGGUAUCGCACAGCAAAAAGCUGACUAAGAAGAAUAAGGGUCAGUUGUCCAACAUGAUGAUGAUGAACAAACAGAGGGGCGGACUGAAGGCGCUGAGCAAAGAGAAACGAGUUAAGCUGGAAGCCUACCAGUAUCUCUUUUACCUUCUACAGACCAACCCAACGUAUCUGGCCAAGCUGAUCUUCCAGAUGCCUCAGAAUAAAUCCACUAAGUUCAUGGACUCCGUCAUCUUCACUCUGUACAACUACGCAUCCAACCAAAGAGAGGAGUAUCUGCUCCUUAAGCUUUUCAAGACUGCCCUUCAGGAGGAAAUCAAGUCAAAAGUGGACCAGAUGAAGGAGAUCGUGACAGGAAACCCAACUGUCAUCAAGAUGGUGGUGAGUUUCCACAGAGGGGCUCGUGGCCAGAACGCACUCCGUCAAAUCCUGGCACCGGUGGUCAAGGAGAUCAUGGAUGACAAGAGCCUGAACAUCAAGACAGACCCAGUUGAUAUCUACAAGAGCUGGGUCAACCAGAUGGAGACGCAGACUGGAGAGGCCAGCAAGCUUCCUUAUGAUGUCACUCCUGAGCAGGCCAUGGCCCACGAGGAAGUGAGGACUAGACUGGAGGUCUCCAUCAAGAACAUGAAGGCGAUCACGGACAAAUUCCUUUCAGCCAUUGUGGUGUCUGUGGAUAAAAUCCCGUAUGGCAUGCGCUUCAUCUCCAAGGUCCUGAAGGACACUCUCCAUGAGAAGUUUCCAGAUGCUACAGAGGAUGAGCUGCACAAGAUUGUAGGGAACCUCCUGUAUUACCGUUACAUGAACCCUGCAAUCGUUGCACCUGAUGCCUUUGACAUCAUCGAGAUGUCAGCUGGAGGUCAGCUGACCACCGAGCAACGACGUAACCUGGGCUCGGUCGCCAAGAUGCUUCAGCACGCUGCCUCCAACAAGAUGUUUCUGGGGGAUAAUGCGCAUCUUAAUCCCAUCAACGAGUAUCUCACCGCGUCCCAUCAGAAGUUCAGGCGUUUCUUCCUGGCAGCGUGUGAUGUCCCUUCACUUGAGGACAAGUUCAACGUUGAUCAGUACUCUGAUUUGGUCACAGUCACCAAGCCCGUCAUUUAUAUCUCGAUUGGAGAAAUGAUAAACACGCACACACUGCUCUUAGAUCACCAGGAUGCUAUUGCCCCAGAGCACAACGACCCCGUCCAUGAGCUCCUGGAUGACCUGGGAGAGGUUCCUACUGUAGAGUCAUUGAUCGGCGAAAACCCUCUCCCUCCUGACGACCCUAACAAGGAGCUGAUGGCCAAGACUGAGGUCUCACUGACACUCACUAAUAAAUUUGAUGUGCCUGGGGAAGCUAACAACGAGGUGGAUGCCCGGACCCUUCUGCUCAACACGAAGAGGCUCAUCGUCGAUGUGAUCCGGUUCCAGCCGGGAGAGACUCUGACUGAGAUUCUCGACUCCACACCUGGUCCGGAACAGGAAGCAGAAUACCAGCGUGCCAUGCAGAGGAGGGCCAUCCGAGACGCCAAGACACCAGAAAAGAUGAAGCAGGUGAAGCCUGUGGUGGACGACAGCCUCACGCUGCAGGGAAAGAAGGACAAGAUCAAGAGCAACUUGCAGAGGCUCGCAGAGCUUGGUAAGGUUCAUCCUGAGAACCGCUACCAGGACCUGAUCAACGACAUUGCCAAGGACAUCAGGAAUCAGAGACGAUAUCGUCAACGCAGAAAGGCCGAGCUGGUGAAACUUCAACAGACUAACACUGCCCUCAAUUCAAAGACUAAAUUUUACAAUGUGCAGAUUGAUUCAUACAAUCAGUAUAUUAAGACAUGUAUGGACAACCUCACCAGCAAGGGCAAGGUGUCCAGCAAACCAGGAAACAACAAGACCAAGAAAAGCAAGCAAGUGUCUCAGAAAUAUACAGCCGCUCGCCUACAUGAGAAAGGCGUGUUGAUUUCCAUCGAAGAUCUACAGCAGAACCAGUACAAGAACGUUAUUUUCGAGAUCUGCCCAUCAGAGGCUGUUGGAGUGUUUGAUGUGAAGGCCAAGCUCAUGGGAGUUCACUUGGAGACAUUACAGUUAGAAUAUCAGGAUCUCCUCCAGCUGCAGUAUGAAGGCGUGGCAGUAAUGAAGCUCUUCGACCGGGCGACCAUCAACGUCAACCUGCUCAUUUUCCUCCUGAACAAGAAAUUCUAUGGGAAAUAAAAAAGA